AUGAAGCAAGUGAUCGACAAAGAGCAAGAAAAUGGUGAAAUUCGCCGACUGGCCGUUAGGCGACCUAUACUGAAAAGGAAGAAUCUAUUACCCGAAGUGCUAUGUUGUUGCAAACCUCGACCGGAAAAUAUCCAUAUUUGUAAAUUGUCCUCUGUGAUGAACGCUGAUGAGCCCGAUUCACCACAGCCAGGAGAGGCUUCACAAUCAGUUCAAAAUUGUGAUUCCACUGAAAACGAUGUCAGUUUACCGAUCAGAGCACCAUCCAGUUCGCACUCAAAAUUUCUGAGUGGAUGUAUGCCUAUACAUGGCUUACGUCGUUCCGCUUCUUCUCCGAGACAUUCAUCUCGCAGAACUAUCAUAUCCAACACGCGGAAUGUAUCCGUACGGAAUCAGAACAUUACCUCACCGGUAAAUGACGAGGCUAAUCAACCUGUUGAGGCAUCAAAAGCAAACAUUUCAUCCGAUUUAUGGGACAACGAAGGAUCAUUCAAAUGGCGUAAGGUACGACCUUCUGCCACAAUUCAUCACACCAACUUAAGUGCCCUCAAACCAUCUCACCUAUGGAUUAGACACAAACAUACAUCGGUAUCCGAAAGCUCUAACAUGUCACAGUCUAUUAGUCCCCUUGGAACACCUUUGACGGAUACCACUUCUGUGUUUCGUGAUCCAAUGCUAGAAGAGUUGGAUGCAGAGCUCCCUGUACCCCCACCUCCUCCUCGUGCAUAUCCACCGUGGUUGAAACUCGCCUUAUUGAAACAACAACGUGAACAUACCAGUAACCCAGUUACCCCGACCACAGACUCUUCCAUCCCUUGUUCUGGAUUAUCACGCUCUCAGACAUGUGACUACUCCACCAGAGCUGGCUCUCGCCCCGGUUUAAAUAAGCAAAAAUCGAUUAGCCUGGAAAACGAUCGAUACGGGAUCCGCAUCUAUCCAGUCAUUCAAGAUGGGGUGAAAAUAAGCGAUACACACUAUUGGUUACUUGAUGCUCCACAACCACGCCAUGUACUACCUCCAUGCCCUUGUGCAGAAAGUGUACCCAUCUCAUCUUCACCUCUGAAUGAAGCGGGUGACUAUUUGAAUGUGCCCGCUGGUGUAAACCUACGCCGAGAGAGAUCUGAACCAAGUCGACAAGCUCUGAAUAACAUUCAUUACCAAAUGGUACAACGUUUAUUGGAAGCGGUUCCCGAGGCUACUGAAGCCGAAUGUCAAGCAGUGCUUAUCGGAGCAGGUUAUCACUAUGAGGAGGCUAUGCGGCGUUUGAAACUGGAAUUACUGCGUCGUUUGGGCUAUUUUUCCCGAUCGCAAUUCAAACGCAUCCUGCAGAAGGUUGACUGGAAUUUGCCACUAGCCAUGGAUAAAGUACGCCGAGCAAUGCACGCUCGUAGUAAAUCCACUAUGCAAUCAUCUAAUCCGAGCGGUUCACUAUCAGACCCAAACAGUGCAUCUCUUUCCCCGACCCCAACAACCGACACUCAAACUGCCGAUAUCCCUCAGUUCAGUGGCACGCUGGAUGUGCUUCAAUCCCCCACCUCUCCGAUCUCAACCAAUUUACUCGAUUCACCGGGUGUAAAUUCCACAUCGGCCCAACAUUUGAAUAUAGCCCAUAAGAAUCGGGCAUAUCCGUUUCGGAGUACAGAACCGCCUUGA